AUGAAUACUAUUUCACUGAAAAAUUUGCUAAUCAUGGAUAUCUCAGCCAAACAAUAAAGUAUUACCUACUCGUUAUUGGGGUAACUUUGCUAUUAGCAGCUAUAAGCGCAGUCGUUUUAUUUCUAAGUUGCUUAUUUAUAAGUAAAUUCGAAGCAAAGAAUGAGUAUCAUACCUACUAAUUAAUACAUUAAAAUGAAAUUAAUAACUAAAUAGAGCAAGCAGAAUAGCUUUAUGAGUGAAAAAAAUAUAUUAUAAUUAUUAUAUCAAAAUUAUUUAUUUUUUUAUGUUUAUAUCUAACUCACAGAUAUGUACCUAAAUAUUUAUAAAUUAAUUUAUUUAUAUUAUUAGAAAAUUAAUUAAAAUCUAUUGCAUAAAUUGUAUUUAUUCUAAUGA